AUGAAGCUGCAGCUCGCCACCUGGCCCGAGGUGGAGGCCUACCUGAAGACCUCCACCGCCAUCCUGAUCCCGAUCGGCUCGACCGAACAGCACGGCCCGACCGGCUUCGUCGGCACCGACGCGCUCUGCCCGGAGAUCCUGGCCGAGGGCGUGGCGGCGCAGACCGGCGCGCUGGUCGCCCCCACCGUGUCGGUCGGCAUGGCCCAGCACCAUCUGGGCUUUCCCGGCUCGAUCACGCUGCGGCCGACGACCCUGAUCGCGCUGCUGCAGGACUGGAUUAACUCCCUGACCCGGCACGGCUUCGACCGCUUCUUCUUCCUCAACGGCCACGGCGGCAACAUCGCCACGGUGCAGGCCGCCUUCUCCGAGGUCUACGCCGAGGCCAGCCUCGGCGCCGCCCCCUCCAACCGGCCGGCGCUGCGCUGCAAGCUGCGCAACUGGUUCGAGGUGCCGGGCGUGCAGCGCCUGAGCAAGGAGCUGUUCGGCGGCGCCGACGGCCAGCACGCCACGGCCAGCGAGGUCUCGCUGACCUACUACGGCUAUCCCGAGGCCGGCGCCCGCGCGGCCCGGGGCGCCGCGGGCAUGAGCCCCAAGGUGGCGCCCAGCGGCCCCUUCACCGACGCCGCCGACUACCGCCGCAGCUUCCCCGACGGGCGCAUGGGCUCCGACCCCACCCUGGCCAGCGCCGAGAAGGGCCGCCAGCUCUUCGAGGCCGCGGUGCAGGAGCUCUCGGCCGAGUGGCGCAGCUUCGCCGAGGCCGGCUGA